UUAGAUAACGUCUACCAAUUUACAAACAUUUGUUCAAUGUCCAUUAGUCAGCAUUAACAAUCUGCAAAUAAAUGAUUUAAUACUUUGACCCAAUAAAACUACAGUAAUUAGUAAUUAUAUUCCGUAUUACUAAAAGACAUGUAGUUUAUCCAACCAGUUGUGGCAGAAAGAUGACAGAUGAGUACGAGUUUACGCUAGGGGAAGAAACCAGAUUAUAUGCUGAAGAAGCUCUGAAUGAAACUGUUGAGAGUAGAACAGCUGGACUUGAAGAGAUUGGAAGAUGGUUGAAAGAGGAAAGACCAGACCUAAAUGCAAAAACAGAAACGAAGUAUUUGUUACCAUUCCUAAGAGGUUGCAAGUUCAAUCUAGAGAAGACGAAACAAAAAAUAAUAAACUACUAUACAAUGAGGAGAGAUGAACCCAUUUGGUUUAAAAACAGGAAUCCUCUAUUACCAGAGGUAGAAGAAUUAGUUAGACUUGGAAUAUUUCUCCCGUUAAGGCAGACAAGUGACGGGAGAUUGGUAAUCAUAAUACGUACGGCAGCCCACAAUCCCAGCAUUCACAGUCUAGAGGACAUUUUCAAAGUCGGCAAGAUGAUCCUGGACAUUGCUGUGAUGGAAAGCGAAUCUUGCCAGAUCUACGGUGGUCUUGCCAUCUUUGACAUGUCCGGCGUAACAAUAUGGCAUGCAAAACAGAUGACUAUCAAUAUCAUUCGCAGAGCUGUGUUUGCUUGGCAGAAUUACACGAUCAGACCCAAGCGACUAGACUUUAUCAACGCUCCAAUAUAUAUAAACUUAGUGUUAAGCAUCUUCAAAAGUUUUAUGACACAGAAAAUGAAGAGUAGAGUAAGAGUUAUCUAUGGUGGGGCAAAAUCUCUUUAUAAGGAAAUCGAUAGAGAUAUUUUACCCUCGGAUUAUGGAGGAAAAGGUGAGAGUGUGAAGGAACUGAGCAAAUAUUGGUACGAGAAGUUGGUUCAGUAUCAAGAUUGGUUUGCUGAGGAUGAGAAGUAUGCUGCAAAAUAACGUGAUCUGGAUAAUGUGAAAAGAUAUAUUAAAAUUAUGUAGUGAGUGUGGAGGUUUUUUUAUAACUGUAAUUAUUUAGUAGAAUAAUAAAACAACCGAUUUAUAAGCUUUA